CGGAGCGCGAAGAAGGGCGGCAACUCCAGAUGGCUGGGUCAGGCAGAGGAAGAGGACGCUCUUCAUUUACCUUUAACAUUGAAGCCAUUGGCUUUGCAAAAGGUGCAGCUCUACCUGCUGGCACAUGUGAGCCUCCUCCAACAUUUCCUAGUACAGAAAACAAGGCGGUGCCUCUGAAAACAGGAGAAGCUGAAGAUUACAUGUUGGCCUUAAAGCAAGAUUUUAGAGUAACUAUGAAAGGAAUGCCGUAUUUUUUGCCAGUGGAAGAAGAACGUGAAGUAAUUGAGAGGUACAGUAAAAAGUACCAGGACAGGGAAAAGAAGCAUGCAACAUGGACCCCAGAUUGGAGAAGACUCCCAGGAGAGUUAAAGCCAAAGGAAAAGACCAAAAAAGCAGGUGGCAAACCAAAGAAGGCAAAAAGCUCCAAUCAUAAAAGUAAUCUGGAUGUCUUGAAAAAAAUUGAGGAGUUGGAAAAGAAGGAUGAUGAAGAAGAAGAAUCUGAAGAUGAGAAAGAUGAAACUAAAGACAAAAAAGGAGAAGACAGUGACGAUGAUGAAGCAGCAGAGAAGUCAGAGGAAUCUGAUGAAGAGGAGAAUGAAGAGGAAAACGAUUACAUUGCCUCAUACUUUGAAGAUGGAGAUGACUUUGGUGCUAGCAGUGAUGACAAUAUGGAUGAAGCAACAUACUAGCUGUCAUUGCUACUCAAGCCUUACACUACUUGAAUCAAGAGUUCUGGAGGUAGACUGAGUAUCUACAGAUCUAAGGCUUUAGCAUGGGUGGAUUUAAGUCUACCCUCCAAAAAGAGGUUGGACAAUCCCUUUUAAUUACACUGCUGUAAAACAGGAUAUGAGAACCUUUGUUCUGUUACUUUGCCAAGUGUUUUGCAGACAUGCACCUUUAAGGUUCUCUGGAGUGCCCACUGAUGAAGUAAGCUGCAAGCCAUUGCAUUGCCUCUGCACUGAAAAAAGAAUGUAUGUUUUAACUGAAAUUGUGCCUAAGCAUUUGCACUAGUUGGUUCUAUGCUUUAGCAGUCAGCUUGGAAAUCACAGUGACAUUUGAUGACUGCAGCUGGAGAGACUUGGCCUUUACUGACAUGAUCUGCUCGUGUCUGGUAGCUGCCCUCCCUGAAGGGAUUUAUGUAACAUCUACAUUCAGGUGACUGAAAAUAAUCGACAACUAAGCACUUUAUUAUAAGCUGACUUGAAAGGACUCUAGUUAAUACAACAACAAAGUGUUCUGAAGAGCUGCUAUUCUAGUUUAAAAAAAACCCAAAACACUAUUUGCAGCACUUUGAUAAAAAGGGCCUGUAAUGUUUAACACUGUAU